GCUUCGUAUUUCAUUUGACAAACAGUCGACAUCGUUUGUGUAUUGGUAUAGCACGCUCGGCAUUUCUUUGUGGACAUUCUGUUAGUUAACGUCAAAAAAGAAGCUGCAAUCUGUUGAAGCAACAGCAUUUUUGUUAAUAAUAAAGUUUUCUGUGCAUUAUAAGAGUUGAUGUGCAAAGUUGGUGUUGUGUUAAUGUUGAAAUGGAUCCAUUGCGAAAAAUUCAUUUGAAUUUUUCCAAUAAAAAUUCAGAAAUUCGCGUUAAAGUGAAAUUUGGUCAAAAACUAAAAAAGGCCAUGAACUUUUAUUGCAAACAUUUCAAAAUGGAACCAUUUGAAGUGGCCCGUUUCUUUCACCAGGACAAAGAAUUGUUUGAAACUGAUUCGCCUGAAUCCGCUGAAUUGGUCGAUUCCGCAACAAUCAAUGUUUUAGUUCACAAUCCGCACAAAGCAUCAAACACAGUGGCGAAAACCGAACCAAACUCGGACGAAUAUCACUCUCCAACCGAUUCAAUUCAAAACUCGGAAUCGCAUGCAAUGCAUUCUGCCUCAGAUGGUAAUCAGCAAGUUGUUGAUUCGCUGACGAUGGAUCAAAUGGAAUCGAUUAAUGAAACGGAACCUCAAUCUAAUGGCUCAGCUACAGAUUUGGAUCAGAUUCACAUUUCGGAUCCUGAAUCGCAUGUGAAGGCUUCGAACGAUGGAAAUGUGAAACGAAAGGGCGACAAUGACAAUGAUCCCAGUGAAUUAUCUGCUAAAGUCACCAAAAUGAUGGAGCACUCUGAUCCUGUUGAAAAGAACAAGCGCUGGGACGAGAUCGAACGUUUCUUGGACGAUUUGGUAACCAUUGGUGAAGGAAGUAUUGAUGCAUUUUACGUCUCUGAUGUUGAGCCUUUGAAAGAAACCAUAAGAAAGUACGAAAGCCAAGGCGAACAACUGAAACUGGAUCUGAAGCAAGCAGAAAAUAAGUGCCUAUAUUUACAUAGUGAAAUGCAACGUUUGCGUGAUGCCAUGGAAAAAUUAAAGGUUCAAAACGCGGAAGAGAUGAAGGCAUUGCAAUCGAAACAACAGGACGAAAGUUUCAAAGUGAAACGUGAACAAAGCGAAAUAGAAGCAGAGAUUGAACGUAGAGUUGCACUUCGAUUCAAAGAUUUGAGCAACGCAUGCAAAAAUCAAAUUGAGCAACUGGAACAGCGACACAAAGUUGUACUGGGUGAACAACAGCAAACGACACAAGCGGCUGUAUCUCAACUGGAUGAGGCGAAACGGACGCACUUGGCUGAAAUGGAAAUGUGGAAGCGAGAUUGCGCCGAUCUGAAUGGGAAAUGUGAAUUUCUUUUGAAGAAACACGAAGCGGACAUGCUUGGGCAACAACAAGCCUUUGUCGACCAACAAAAAGCAGCCGAAAACGAAAUACAUCGCCUCAGAAUGCAUUACGAAAGCCAACUAACGGCUUGGCGAACGAAAUACACCGAGCUGGAAGUGUCACAUGCCAAAAAUGCCGAAAAAGAGAACAACGGGGGGAUUGCAAAACGUGACGAAUCCAUUGCUUCGUAUAUCAAAAAAGUGCGAGAGUCACACGCAGCCAUUGCACAAUGGCAGCAAAGCUAUGCCGGAUUGAAAAAGGUAUACCAAGAUUUGUCACAACGGUACAACAAGGAUAUUGUGCACCAGAAUAACGCCAUCGUCAACCAGAAAACUCAGUACCAAGGUCAAAUCAAAGACUUAGAACAGAAGUUAAAUGAACUGAAAGCAGAAUCGGACAAACAAAUAGUUUCAUUGCAAUUUGAAAAAAACGACUACAUCAGUAAAUGGAAGGCUAAGGAACAAGCCUGUGCCCAACUGAAUGCCCACAUCGAAUCAAUGAAACGAGAAUAUGACACUCGAAUGUUGCAGAUGCGCCAAGAAUUGAUGAUGCAUCUCCAAAAUCGAGUAAAUGUGCCAAUCCCGACGCCAUCACCAGCAUCAACACCACAACCACCCGAAUCAACGCCAACACCACCACCAACAAAUUCCAACAAUGUGUCCAAUCAAAAACUUGGCCAGAAAAAAUGCUUGCAAUGUGGUUGUUCAUGCCGAAGAGCCAUCACAAUCCCCUACUGCAAUUCGAACUGCAAACAAGAGUAUUUUAAGGAGCAAUGUAAACAGUUGGCAGCCAAACAAACGGACGUCUAAGGGAAACAUGUGUAAUACGCAUCACUUUAUGAUUCACUUUCGAACCAUAUGCAACGCGUUACGACAACAAAGGAUCUUCGCAAACAAAAACGAAACAAUGAAACACUUUUUCCCUUGUACUAGAUUAGUUCUAUUAUCUUUCUCUUUAAAGUCUAUUGUUCACACCAAUUCCAACCGAACGCCACAGUUAUUCAUUUUAUUGAUAUUUUUCGAUGCCAAAAAUUAAGCUAAUCUUCAAAUCUAUUUAGGAAGAAAAAGUAUUCUUUUGAAAACAAAAAAAAUUGUUACCACUUUUAAAUUGACUUUAUAUUAAGCCAAACGUACUUACUAAGUAUUCCAGUAUUCAAAAAAAAUGUAUAAAAAAUGUUAUUUUUGUAUUAAAUUCUAUGAAUGAAUUCAAGAAA